AUGAACAAGAAUCUUCAUGGUAUGGACCAUCAUAUAUCCACCACAACACCACCAGCAAAAAGAUUAUUCCUUAUAGUAGGAGAUGGUCUUCGAGCCGAUAAGACUUUUGCUAAAUUAACUCAUCCAACCAAUGGAGAAUCCAAAUAUUUAGCCCCUUAUUUACGUUCCCUUGUUGAAAAUAAUGCAACUUGGGGUAUUUCCAACACCAGAAUGCCUACAGAAUCAAGACCAGGUCAUGUGGCUAUGAUAGCUGGGUUUUAUGAGGAUGUUUCUGCUGUGACCAAGGGGUGGAAAGAGAAUCCCGUUGAUUUUGAUUCAUUCUUCAAUCAAUCUAAACAUACUUAUUCAUUUGGAUCUCCUGAUAUUUUACCCAUGUUUGCCUAUGGUGAUGGGGUUGUACCUGGUAGGAUUGAUGUAUGUAUGUAUGGACAUGAAUUUGAGGAUUAUACUCAAAGUUCAAUCGAAUUAGAUCUGUUUGUGUUUAAACAUUUUGAUGAAUUGUUAGCUAAUCUGACUUGGAAUAAUACUUUACAUCAAGAAUUAACUCAAGAAGGUAAUGUAUUUUUCUUACAUUUAUUAGGACCAGAUACUGCUGGUCAUGCAUAUCGUCCUUACUCGGCGGAAUAUUAUGAUAAUAUAGAAUAUAUUGAUCAAAAAUUACAAGAAUUAAUCCCAAGAAUAAAUGAAUUCUUUGGUGAUGAUAAAACCGCAUUCGUAUUCACCGCCGAUCAUGGUAUGUCCGAUUUUGGAUCUCAUGGAGAUGGACACCCAGAUAAUACCAGAACUCCAUUAAUUGCCUGGGGUGCUGGAAUCAAUAAACCAAAACCUUUAGCCGAAUUACCGACUGCACAAAGACAAGAACAAAUCACAAAACAAACCCCUGCCAAUUCCGGCUUUGAAGAUGAUUAUUUCAAUACUUGGGAUCUCGAUCAUUUAUCUCGUCAAGAUGUAAAUCAAGCAGAUAUAGCUUCCCUAAUGGCAUAUCUCAUCGGAGCAAACUACCCAGCAAACUCAGUCGGUGAAUUGCCUUUAAGUUAUCUCGAUGCUGACCAAUCGACAAAACUCGCAGCAUUAUAUGCUAAUGCAUUGGCAAUUGUCGAACAAUAUCAUGUUAAGGAACAAGAAGUUUAUGAAUCACAAUUUAAAUUCAAACCAUAUGAACCAUUUGAACAUAAAGCCAUAAAACAAUAUCGUGAAGAAAUAGAAUCGUUGAUAAAUGAUUUACGCACGAUUCUGGAUUUGGAUGAACAAGUGAAGGCACAUAUUGAACAUAAGGCAAUUUCAUUGACGGAGGAAUUGAUGAAACGGGCUUUGGAUGGUUUGAAUUAUUUACAGACUUAUAAUUGGUNACGCACGAUUCUGGAUUUAGAUGAACAAGUGAAGGCAGAUAUUGAACAUAAGGCAAUUGCAUUGACUGAAGAAUUGAUGAAACGGGCUUUGGAUGGUUUGAAUUAUUUACAGACUUAUAAUUGGUUAUUACUUCGUUCGAUUGUUACAUUGGGAUUCUUUGGUUGGAUUGUUUAUUCAUUUAUUAUUUUUUUGAAAUUGUUUAUAUUGACCCCGGGGGAUUUAGAGAAAUAUAAACCAAAAACGAUUUCUAUCCCCUUGGUGGGGGGUUUCGGUGGGGUGGGGUUGGUGAUUAAUUAUAUUUUAUUUUAUCAACGGUCUCCAUUUAAUUAUUAUAUGUAUGCUAUUUUCCCGUUGUUUUUUUGGUAUAAUAUCUUUAAUGAAACUGAAUAUUUACUGAAUGGAAUUGAUCAUUUCUUACAUGGGGUCUCGGGGAUGACGAAAUUUUUGAUUGUGAUUUCAUUUGUGGGGAUCAACUCAUCAUUUAUCAAAUCUCAACGAUCCCAAUCAUCCUUGUUAUUACAAUGGCUUGUGAUUGAAACAUCACUCAAGGUAUCACAUUUGGAUAUCAUCACGUCACGGAAAUUAACCGGAACAUUACCCCCCGGGUAUUGGUUACAAGUGAUUAGAAUUACUAUUAUUGGGUUUUUCUUCCUCCAGUUGGCAUUCUUCGGCACCGGGAAUAUUGCUAGUAUUUCCUCAUUCUCGUUGGAUUCGGUAUAUAGACUCAUACCCAUCUUUGACCCGUUCUCGAUGGGGGCAUUAUUGAUGAUAAAAUUGAUUAUACCCUAUGUGUUGUUGAGUACUUGUUUGGGAAUCAUGAAUCAUCAAUUGGAAAUUAGGAAGUUUACUAUAAGUACGUUGAUUAUAUCCACUAGUGAUUUUCUUAGUUUGAAUUUCUUCUUUUUGGUCAAGACGGAAGGAAGUUGGUUGGAUAUUGGCGUAAGUAUUUCGAAUUAUUGUUUGGCGAUUUUGAGUUCGUUGUUUAUGUUGAUUUUGGAAUUGGUUAGUUCGGUGAUUUUGAAAGGGGUGGAGUAUUCGGAUGAGGAGCAGGUGGAGAAGGAGGAUGGUGAUGGGGAUAGAGUUAAAGUAGAAUAG